AUGGCGCAAGACAGCGAGAAAGCGAUUAGAAAGGCCAGGAGAGCAGUCGUCAUGUCCUCUGAUUUGGCUUCUAAUUUGAGCCCAUCUCAAUCAAGCUUGGCUCAGUCUGCUCAAGCCGCUUUUGCUUUUGAUGGAAGCCCGGGUUAUUUUGGCAGCGUCAAUGAUCUCGCUGAGAACAGCGGCGACGAUCACGACGACGCCCAGCGGGACACCGAGAACAUCGAAAACCAGGAAGAGCACUACAAUCACCACGAAAACCACCACGAUUUCAGCCCUCACCCGCACCAACAACCUUCCUCCAACUCAGAUCACCACUCAGAACCAAGUAUCGAAAGCACCUCCGAUGAAGAGGCCGAUAAUUUGUUCGACUCAUCCACUCUACGUCACGCAUACACUAACUACAUUGAGCAAGGCAGCAAUACUCUCCAGCCUUCUCCCAGUAAAGCCCUUAGCUCUCUCGACGAUGGCUCCCACCUCACCCUCAGAUCCAUACACGCUGACUUGGAGCAUGUUCAAGUUCCAGAGAAGGCCACUCAUGUCAUGAUUGGUCAUACAACCACCCCAGAACUUGCCCCUUCCUUCCUUCGCUCUCUCUUCAACAACAACUACGAAUCCCUGCUUGUCCUCGAUAUUCCAAACUGCGGUAUCACCAACUUUGGUGAGGAAUUGUCUCAACUCACAAAGCUCGAAGAGCUCAACGUUUCAAACAACUUAUUCACUGGCUCUACUCUCCCAGCUGUUAUAUCUACCUUAGGAAGCAAUUUACGCCUCCUUAAAGCUGAUAAUUGCGGUCUAAUCACACUCCCUCGUGAACUAACUAGAAUGACUGGGCUCAACACCCUUUCCUUACGGAACAAUAGAAUGCCUAAUCUCCCUGCUUGGCUCUGUAUGCUCCCCAACUUGGAAUUGCUUUUGGUGGAUGAUAAUUCAUUUUGCGCUCCUUGGAAACCAAUAAUUUCUCCUAUUCUUUCACGGACUAUUAGAGACAAAUCUAGUAAUCCUCCAACGCCAAAGAUGAGUAGCGCCACUAACCGUCUCUCCCCUCAACUGAGGUCUUUGACUUCGGACGGAAGUCCAGUCACUGCACGUCCCGAGACACCGGACUCAAUGAGAAGAAUGAAAUCAACAACGGAUAUUUCAAAUGAAACUCCAAAGGCACCUGGCAGAAUGACCAGUAUGUAUUAUGGAAUUGACAAUACAUCAAGCAACACGUUAACAGCAUCCCAAAAUCCAGCAGACAACCAAUCAUCACUUAAUAAAAAGUGGGGUAUUUUCAAGAAAAUGUCCAUGAAUAGACUUAGGAGUGCUUCAAAUGUUGCGCUCAAAACUACUUAUUCAAAUCAUCAAACUAAUCCCCCAAAGGCUUCUGCUUCGAGUGCAAGUGCGAGCACGAUAAACAUCGCCGCUUUGAAUCGCCAAUCGGCUUGCAAUCCUGAAUCGAAUGAGUCAACAAUAACAUCAAAGGCCAACAAAAGAAGAUCAUUCCUGCCUCUGAGCGGUGCAAAUGGUUUGGGAUUGAGCACAUCCCCAGUAGCUGAUACUUUCAAUGAAAUUGACGAAAAUGAAAAUAAACAAAGCGACUGGCUGAACAGUCCAAUGGAUGCCCAUGACCGACGCGAGGAGGAGUAUGGAAGGGGGUUCAAAUUUGUCAUGAACUACCUCAAAGAUCUUUUUGAUUUAGGUGUUGACGCAGAAGAGGAGAUUGAGAUUGAAAGUGAUCCGUCUUACUUGCCAAUACCACUUAAUAGAGAUUCAGCAAAGUUUUCCACAUUGUCGAACACGCUAGCACCACCAAACAGCUCACUGCUGUCGACCAGCCCACAGAGUAAUUUACCAUCGCACAUGCAGAUAAUGGGUAGACAAAACACCAACGAAUCAUCGUUGAUUUCGAGGCAGUUAUCUGAGUCUUCGUGGUCACAAUCGAACCGCACAACGUUGUCAUCAAUUGACGACAAAUCAAGCCACUCCACGAAAGAGAAAGAAGCACCUCUACCAUCGAUCCCUGCUGUGCAGGGCAAACCAGAUCCCAAACGACAAUACCACGUAAUAAGGGAGAUAAUUGAGACGGAGCGCACGUACGUGAAGGGAUUGCAAGAAUUGGUCGAUAUCUAUGUCGUACCUUCUGAGACUGAGAUUUCGCAUGCGGAGCGCAAGAGGGUGUACAUGGGAGUAGAAGGGCUACUAUCAUUCCAUAGAGACUCAAUGCUACCAUCUUUAGAGCAAGCGCUAUAUGCGCCAGCUGAGGAGAUAGUGGUGAAUGUAGCCAAAAUAUUUAUUCGACACGCUGCGUUCCUCAAGAUAUACAACAUUUACAUCAACGAGUUUGACUAUGCGCAGAACCGGGCACGGUGGUGGCUUGAAAAGGAGGCGUACAGCUCACCACUGAGUCCGCGUAGUCCAGGGGUAAAUGGGCAAGUAUCUCCUGCGCUCUCGAAUCUGACAGUGAGCUCUGGUCCGAGCGGGAUGAACAUAGCGUUACCAGCGAGCAAGCAGCCGUAUGCGCAUCCACCUCUGAGCAGCAAGGAGAAGAAGCGAAUUCGACACUUCUGUAAGGCAGCGAGGAAGCACCCAGCACACACGCAGAUGAACCUCGAGAGCUACCUACUGCUACCGAUCCAGCGCAUCCCGCGAUACAGGAUGCUGCUAGAGGAAUGUCUAAAAUACACUACACACAGGCAACAGGCGGAACCGCUGGUGCAGGCGCUGGCGCACAUUGCGCAUAUUGCUACGGACAUGAACGAAUCGAAACGUGACGCUGAAGGUAGGUUUAGAUUGGUUAAGUGGCAGGCUCGCAUUCGUGGUCGUUUCCCCUCCCCACUCGUUCAACCUCAUCGCCGCCUCCUCCUCGAUGGCGGCCUGCGGCUACUAAAGGUGGUGAAGAAACUCGAAUUUGACGCUCAGAUUCCUCCUAUUAGCCCUGAGGAGGAGACGAAACAUGUUGGUGUAGUCGCACUCAACCAGGACACUGCUCCUGCUAGACCCCUCAUUGGUCUGCUGUGCACUGAUCUCAUGGUCCUCUGUAAAGACCCCUCGCUGGGCACAGACCCUGAUUGCCCCGUCGAUCUUUACGCCGUUCUCAGGGUUGGUAAUUCUCACCCCGCUGUCGUACACGGAAGCACUAUCCGCCUUGUCGAUCAUCGCGCUAUCCUCUAUCUCGAUUGCGAAGACGUCUCUACGGCUCUCACCUGGGCACAGACUAUCAACCAGGAUAUGUCUGCGGCUUGGUCGUAG